CGCACGUACGCACGCGGUACGCGCUGGGUCGGCGAUAAUGCGAGCGUUUCGAAAAAAAACGCGCGCCAGGCAGUGCGCGGCGGCCGGUCGAGGAGUAGCGGUGGCGGCUGCGGUGGCGGCGGCGGCGGCGGAGACGGAUCGUGCGCUCGGACGCGUCGCCGUGAUACGCGUUCUCGGCGACAACGGAGUCGCCGGACGGCAUCGCUUCUCAUCGCCGGCGUCGAAACAAGUGUCUGUAUACAAGAUGGCGGCGCCCGGGGCUCUCACUGUCGCGAGAAUCGCCAGGAAGUAGCGGCGAGUGGCGGUGCGCUGCGGCGACGGGCGCGUGAAGUGUGAGAACGCGGCGAAGAGGCAGAGGCAGAGGCCGACGUGCGCGCUUUUACCACUGCGACGGCGAGCUGACGACCUGACGAACGAACAACUGUCCAUCCGUCCGACCGACCGACCGACCGACCAACCGGUACGGUGCGGUGCGGUGCGGCGGUGUAGUGCGCUGCGUUGCGCUGCGGCGCGGGCGGUGCGGUGUGGUGUGGUGUGGUGCGGUGCAGUGUGCGCCUGGCCCGGGUAGAGCGGCAUCGCAGCUAGCCGAGCAUCGCAGCAUCGGCGGCGGCGGCGGCGGCGUCGUCGUCGUCUUCUCAAAGGAUGUGGCCAGAAGAACGACGAAGAAGGCAGGUAGCAACCUGAGCCGUCUUAGCCCCGCGGGUGGUUAGUUGGCGCGACGGACGGGCACGCAGGUAGGCGACGAGACAACGAAGUGGGCUUCUCGGGACUGAGGGAGAGGGUAGUCGGCCGCACUGGCCAACAUUGAAGGAACUCGUCCCGGACGGUCUGUUCAUUCGGCGUGUACGUGACUACUACGGGCGUCCAUCAUAGUUCUCGCCCGUCCGGGUGAGUGCGUGCUCGCGUGAGUACGUGAGUGUGUGUGCGGCAGUGGAAACGACGGCACGUUGUGCGUCGUCCCGUAGAGACUCGCCGUCGACGCCGCUACGGGAACGAAGGACAGAGAAGGACGUGCGUGAGGUUCUUCGCGAGGGAGAGAGAGAAGUAGAGAGUCGCGUCGUAACGGCGCUGACGAUAUCGGCAACGCGACAACGACGAAGACGACGACGGUGACGACAACGGUGACGAUGACGACGAUGGAGUCGAAAGUGAGUUACGACGAGCUCUGUCGUCUGUGCGCGUCCUACAAUGCCGUUAAAGUCGACAUAUUCGGUCCGGACGGCAAAGAUCGACAGCUCGCCGACAAGAUCCAGGCGUGCCUACAGUUCAAGAUAUCGGAAGACGAUGGUUUGCCGAAAUCUUUGUGUCAUAGAUGCGUUUUUAAUUUGGAGAAUUUUUACGAUUUUAGAACUGCGUGUGUUAAUGCAGUUGAUUUAUUAAGGAGAUGUCAACCAAGAGAAGCGGCGAAUGAUGACGGUGCAAAUAAUACCGCGCAGUGCGACGAGAUGCACGCGGAGUUUCUCAAGGAGAAGAAAAACACACCAGUCCUUAUUCCGGAGGCACCUGUAGUCAAUCCUAAUGCAGCGUUAGGCACACCACCGAGACUAAAUUCCGAUGGUGAAGCGGAUCCCGAGGUCGAAGAGAUCCUCGACACAAGUGAAGGUACAGAUGAAGCGACAGUGGUCGAUGACUCGGAGGACCGAAGGUCAGAAUACGAAUAUGAGAUGGACAUGGAGACGAAUCCUAGCGACUUCUUGGAGAUGACACCGAUGGUGACCGAGGAUAAUGAGGAAUGCGAGACGAAAAAUGUCACCGCGACUCCUCAAGAUACCACCGCAGUCUUUCAACAUACGUCUCAACAGCACGAGGUCUACGUCUGUUCUCUAUGCAGCAAAGCGUUCAGCUCCAAAGGUCAUUUAUCUCUGCAUGCGAGGAUUCACGUGGGCGAGGGCGACGUGAUCGGUGAAAAAGUUAUCACUGACGAUCAUACGUCGUUUAAGCGACCGUACCAAUGUGAUCUUUGUCACAAAUCAUAUUCAACCGCGAAGCAUCGAUGGGGACACGUUUCUACGUCACAUAGAGGACAUCCUGCUGUAACAUGUAGAUAUUGUUCGCGAAUAUACUCGACGCGGAUAAAUCUCGAAGAGCAUGUGAAGUCACGGCACGCUGGUCUAUCAGCACCUCCGAACAUGGCGGUUUCGUUCUUUCGCUCGGAAACACGUUAUCAAUGCAAAACGUGUGCAAAAGUAUUUUCGGAUCAAGCAGAUUUCAACGCGCAUAGCCAGAUCUGCACAGAAGAGCAGCGUAUUGCUUUACUCGAGAAAACCGAGCCGCAAAACAAUAAGAGCUUGGUCAAUACGUCCGAUAUCUCUAGCAUAGACACGGAUGAUGAGAACAAAGACUACAGGAACGCUGAGGCUAAACUGGCCAAAAAUCCUCAAUUGACUAUAUUGAAACAAGCGUUGACUAAAGGAGAGAGUCUAAAGCGGGAUUACGACGAUAGCUCAACGCCCGAUUGCAAGCCAAGAAAACUAGCUAAGACAGAUAAUUGCGAAGCGAAUUCUCAGAAGAGAUGGUAUUGCGAAGCGUGUCCGCAAAGUUUCAUGUCCGUGGAUAGUUUAAAGGAGCACGAGAUCACGCAUGAAGCGGAGAAACCUUACGUUUGUAUACUGUGCCAGAAGGAUUUUGUUCUGAAGUCUUCAUUAAGCAGACAUAUCGUGACGAUACACGGUGUCGAUCCCACGCCUAUCGUUGACAGUGAUAAAUGUUUGAAAAAGACCGUAAUGCCUCAGAGUUGGAAUGAUCAAAUGGACGUCGGCGUUUAUGACCAAGACGAGAUAAAGGAGUCGCGAGAGUUCUCGUCGUCACCUGAGGAAAACUUGGAGAACGAUGAGAAAGAUUCCAAGAACAAUCACGAGAAUAUGAUAGAAAUAGAAACAGUAUUUGUAUGCGAAAUUUGUACGAGAGAUUUUAAUGAUCGCGCAUCGUUGUGGCUACAUAUACGAGCGACACAUAAAGAAUUCGCCGCAUUUGCUUGUGGAGUAUGUUUGAAAAUUUGUUCCGACAAUACGCAGCUUCAGAAUCACGUUGUUAUGUAUCAUGGAGGAUCCAAACUUUUAAUAUCGGAACAAAGAAGGUACAGCUGCACAAUAUGUGGUAGACAGCAUGACUCGAGGAAAAAAUUGAUUGCUCAUGUCUCUAUACACCAUGUCGAUCCUUCGUAUGAUCCUGCACAUUUUGUACAGUUAAAUAGUAAUUAUUACAACGAGAACUUAAAUGUUAACGAAGGAAAUGAGCAAGUAUUGGAUUUCGACGGUGAAGAUGGUGAGAAGGUCGACUGUUAUAUUUGUAACAAAUCAUUUCCCAACGAGGAUCAUCUUAUACGACAUCAGAGAAAUGCUCAUAAGUCUGAACAGGUACUUCCAGUAGAUGUUACGGGAAGUGGAAAUGUACUCAACGUCAACGGUAAUGGCAAUAAAGCGCAGUAUCAUUUAUUUUUUGUAUGCGAAGUUUGCGGCAGUUCCCAUUCCAGUAAGUGGGAACGUUGGUUGCACAUCAACAACACGCAUAACGACGUAUCUGCCAUUAAGUGUGAAUUCAAGGACUGUGGGAAGAUAUUCGCGACGAAAUUGUUGCGCAACGAGCAUAUCCAACAUCAUAUGCUUCAAGGCGCCUCGCCCAACACCUGCGAGGUUUGCGGAAAACUGUGGGCCACUCGCGUCGAUUAUUGGAAACAUGUAAUGGGAGUACAUUCGGACACAGUGCCUAGGGUUUGUGGUGUUUGUCUAAAGAUAUUUUCCGACGUGGUACAGUUAAGCAGACACGUAAAGGAGAAACACUGGCCGCUGACCGGUGGUGAUUUUUGCUGUGAUAUUUGCGGUAGGCCCUAUUCCAAUAAAUCAAAGAUGUCCCGACAUAGGAAGAUACACGGCUUGGAAAUGGACGCGUGUGAUAAUAGCAGCAUUAAUGAAACGACCAACGAAUCGUCCAAGCUCGAUCAUAACGGUGCUGUAGAAGUCGAAUUGAGUUGCGAUCAGUGUCCGGACCUCAAGUUCUCAACGCUAGACAGUUUGUCUAAUCACAGACGUCUAGUGCACAGUCUGUUUCCGUGCGACUUGUGUAACAAGUGCUACGGCAGAACGUCGCACUUGUGGAAACACGUAAACAGAGUGCACAAAGGUCACCCGGAUGUUACUUGUCCAUAUUGUCUGAAAACCAGCGCUUCGAGGGAUCACUUGAUAGCGCAUGUCGCAAAGAAUCACAGGUACGAGCCCAACGUGGGGAAGGACAGUAUGAAUUGCAUCACCCCGAAAUCGUCUAGCAUUGAGGACGGCGUCCUACAUUAUUGCGAAAAAUGUAACAAAGGAUUCCACAAACGCUAUCUGCUCAGGCGUCACAUGAAAGGCUGCCAGAACUAUCGCAAGGAUCCCGGCGCUUUGUUGACUCGUUGCCGGGCCUGCGAGAGAAUAUUCAAGGACCGUGCGAGCCUGCAGAAGCACAUCGAGAAUCAUCACACUACAUAUACCUGCCAUUUGUGUAACGAGACGAUCACGUCCAAAUUAGGUAUCAUGACACAUAAUCGCGUUAAUCACAUGGACCAUCCGGAUCUGACCUGCGACUAUCCGAGCUGCAAGAAGCUGUUCCGCACCAAGGAGGACUUGGAGUCGCAUCGGAAGGACCAUAAGCACCACACUAACUUGAACGUUUGCGACUUUUGCGGUGAUACCGUAGAGAACAAGCUGAAGCUGAAGAUGCACGUGUUGUCGUUACAUCGAAAUGAGAUCGGAGUAUCAUGCGGCGUCUGUUUGAUACCCAUGAAGGAUCCCAAAGAUCUGAAGAAACAUGUUGAAGCAGAGCACAGUGGUGUUCUCUCCAAGCCGAACACGUGUCAGGUGUGUGGCAAGCAGUAUGCCUCCAAGUGGAAAGCUUUUGACCACACGAAGAAGUGUCAUGGCAAGGUCUUUCUUACGUGCAAACAGUGUCUGGCGGUCUUCACGGAUGAGAACGACAUUCGCGAGCACUACGAGCAUGUGCACAACGUUCCCAAAGACCAGUUAGCCGCCUUCGAGUACAGAAUGGAUCUCGGCGCAAAAAGAGAAGGCUACGAGACUCCCGAUAUCAUUGUGAAGGAGGAACCGGAUGAUCUUGAGUUCGACGAGGAGUUGUGUGACGAGGACUCAAACGAUUCUAAACGUAAACGAUUGGUGAGUGACACAUACGACUGCGAGAUGUGUCCCGAAAUGUUCCUCAAUUCUGAGACCCUUUCCAAGCAUUAUCAGAACGUCCACAACACCGAUCCGGUGCGUAUGUUUAAAAAAUUCAAGAAGGAUAACGGUAAGCGCAAAAUGAGGAACAGAAACAAUUUCGAAUGUAAGAAUUGCAAGAAGCAAUUCUCCACUAAGACCUUAUAUUGGAAUCACAUUAAUGUGUGUACAAGACGUAGCGUUUUAGGUAGAUUAGACGUGCCGAAUAUUCCGAACUCGAUCUUGGAGUCGCAUUUGAAGAACAACAAUCAGAUCAAGCGGGAGGAGCCGAUGGUGAUGACGAACGAGUCCAACCUGAACAUUCCCGACUUCAACUUAUUCGAGGACAUUAAUAUGCAACUGUCGGCGCAGAAGCCGGUGCCGAAUCUCAUGCCGUUGUCGCACGUUAAGCCGACAGGUAAUACGGGCAAGUGCUCGAGAAAGGACUCACGCAAAGUGUACGAUGAAUCGACUAAUACAGAGUGCACAUGCGAGGUCUGUGGUAAACAGUGGCCUGCAAAGAAGCACUUAUGGCAACACCUAAUUCGCUUCCAUCGCGCUGAGGCUGCUGUCACGUGCGGUGUGUGCUUAAAGCUCUGUAAAACUUAUCAAGAUCUGGCCGACCACUUGAAAGCCGCUCACGCUGCCAUUCUGUCGUGCGAAGGUAAUAAUUUCACAUGCAAGACCUGCGGUAGAUAUCACAACGCGAGAAGUAAGUUAUUAUUGCACAUGAGUAUUCAUAUCGGUAUUACUGGAAAUUACCGGUGUCAGAAAUGCCAGCAAGGUUUCAUGAGCGAGGAGAAGCUCACUGAGCACGCGGCGAACUGUAAUGGUAAGUCGGAAUUUGGAGAUCACGCGGAGGACGAUAACACCGAGAAGAAUGACGAUAAUGACGAGAAGGGUAGUUUAAUCGCAGAUGAGACGUCGGUGAUCGGUGAUGGGGACGAAGGAGAUUUUGAGUCGGAAGUUGAAGGCAAUGAAGACAUCCAUGAAGAGGACAGUAACAGCGAUGAUGAUUCGGAAGACAGCGAUGACUCGGAUAGCAGUAAUAGUAGCUCCAGUGACGAAGAGGGAGAGGGCGAAGAAGACGAAGAGAACGAGUCCGAGUCCGACACGAGAUCCAACAGUAGAGCGACUGGGGACAUGUCGUGUAAUUCGGAGAGUGUCGAUUCCGACUCGGACGUGGAGAUAAACCCGAUGGAGAACAAAACUGUAAGUGACAUUAAUAGUUUCAGGAUAUGCGACGAUAAUAUGCAGAAGCAAUCCAUGGGAAGGAACGCUGACAAUGUGAGAGCCCCGACGGUCGCGGGGCAAGCUCAGCAGAAUAAUAUGAAUAAGCUGUUGGGUUCUCACGCGUCUGCAGAUACGGACAAUUAUAAUGCAUUAUAUCUCGAGAAAUCCGCUGAAAUCACUGUGCACGAUGUGAAUUUAUCCGAGGAUGAUGAUGAAGAUGACGAUGAUGAGGAACAUGAAAAUAAUGGUAAUGACGAGGGAGAGACAAAAGAAGAGGAAGAAGAGGAAGAUGAUGAUGAUAACGAUGAUGAUGAUGAUCAGGAUGAGGAGGAGGAGGAAGAGGAGGAGCAGGUGGAGGAGAAGGAGAAGGAAAAGGAGGAGGAAGAAGAAGAGGAGAAUGAGAAUGAUAAUGAUAAUGUUAAUAAUGAUGCUGAUGAUGACAAAAAUGAGAGCGAUGACGAUGAUGACGAUGACGAUGACGACGACGAUGAUGAUAAUGAGAACAACGAUGACGAAGACAACGAUGAUGAUGGUGAAGACGGUGGUGGCGAUGGUAAUAAUCAUGGUGAUGAUAAUGAUGAAGAAGAGGAGAAGGAGGAACAAGAACAUGAAGAUGAUGAUUAUGGUGGUCCGCCCAUAUUAAGCCCAGUAAUACCGCAAGAUAACGGGUCAGAGGAAGAGAGUGAUAUGAUGGGCCACACGAGGCACAAGCUUAGUCCUAUGGUACCACUGAGUAUGCAUGUAGAUCACAAAGAUCUAAACGAGUGUGAGAUAACGGAAAUACAGAAUGUAGACGCGGAGAACGUAGACGCUUCCUCUAUUUCGAACGCGCCAAAUUUUUUCGCAGCCAAUAAUAAUAUCCUACGUGUGAUCUGGGGCGAGGACGCGGUCAACGCGGUGGCCGAUGACGAUCGCGAUCGCGAUUGCGAUUCGGACAUUGGCGGUAUAGAGGUAUUGGGUGGAAACGGGCAGUUCUGUAAGAUGGAGACGAACGCGGAGAGCGACGAAUUUGAAGAAGAUUCUAUGAACGAGCAUGAAGAGAACGUGGCGGAGGACAGUGGUAGGGACGGAAGCGAUCAGAUGCAUUGCAAUCUGGAUGGGACUGUGUUAAUGGUGGCUAAUGAUUCGGAAGGUAAUCAGAUUUUGAUCGAACAAAACGUGUUGACCAUAGAUAACGAAGACUCUAACGCCGAAGCGGCGCAAUAUAUUUAUCCAGAAAGUGCAUAUGAGAUCGCAGAUUAUGCGAACGCACGAAACGAAAAUGACGGCAUGCAAACGGAUGAGAUGCAGGGUAUAUCGUACAUUCAGGACUCGUCGGAGAAUGAGGAGGACAGCGUGGAAGAUGAUACCGAGGAGAAUGGUGAUAACACGCGAAAGUAGGACACGAGUGCCAAAACUAAAAGAGAUUUAGGAUACAUUCAUAUGCAGUAAUUCUGUAAUAUAUAUAUAUAAAUAUAUAUAAAGUGUAAGAUAAUCGAUGCGCGCCCGAGCUGGAGUGUUGGCUGAAGCCACCAAAAAACAUGUCAUAUGUACCUUGAAAAACGAUACAAUAUUGUACAGUAUAAUUAAGGAUGUAAGGAAUACCUGUAGACUUUUUGAUAGAGGAUACGCGCGCGCGAGAAGGUGAUGAUUCACAUACCGCGGAAAACGUGACUUUUUCGUUUUCAUUGAUCUGCUGAGACCGUUGCAUCCACGACGUUGACACUUCACGCGUUAUCGAUUGCGAACUCCGAAAAUAAAAAGCGAAAAGUUAUAAUCGAAUCUUUUCGAGAAUUUAUAACGAGUAUUGUUAAUUUUUGAGUUGACAGCAAAAUUGUACUGCUACGUAAGUAAUACGUUAUAUAGAUUAUUAUAAGAAAAAAAAAACUUGCUAUUUGCGGUAUCUUUUUUAUGCUUCUGAUUCGAAGAAGGUAUUAAAGACAAAGAUUGAUUACGGAGUAUUGUUUAUUUACAUCGACAGCACUUCAUUGACAAUAAUACACCGAAUGACAGUCCGCGCCGUUCUACGUGAGAUACCAUCCGUUAGACAGUAGGACGCGAUCGUCACGAAUUUAUCAAUUUAAUUAAUGACCAAGUAGAGAGACCUAUAUAUUGCGUUACUUGGUUUACUUUGGAAGAUAACUUGAGGCAAAAUUGAUAUUUACACAACGGAUAUAAGUCUAAAUUGUCUCUUUUUUAAAAGGUGAACUUGUCAGAUUUGAAAACGUUUGAUAAAUUCUACGUGAAAUUGUAGAUCAGUAAUUUCCGAAGCACCUUGGUUUACGAUAUUAUAUAGUCAAUUUUUGAAAAGAAAAGAAAAAAGAACUUUUAAAGUUAAGGAGAUUCUUUUUUUCUUAUUACACAUUUUCGUGUUUUUAUUAUAUUUAUUGUUCUUAUUAUUAAUGAAUAGUGUCAGUUGUAACUAUUACUUAAUAAUAAUGGGACUAUUAUAUAAUAGUAAUAGAAAAUCGUUUAUGUUAUUAUUAAGAGAUGAUAGUAAUAACUAUUAUCUAUAUAUGUAUUUUUGCUUAUCAUUUUUAUAUGCAUCAUACGUGAUUUAUCUUUGAACGUUGUUGUAUUCAAAUGGCACUGAUUUUUUAAAAGAAGCAAUUUCCUAAUCUGAUGUUACAUUUUCUCGUUGCAAUCAACGCAUGCAUAUAUUAUUUAUAAUUGUGCAAAAAUUAGAACAAACGAAAUAUUGAAGAUUCUCAGUUUUAAGUCUUUCUUAGAAAAUUGUCUAUAAGUAUAUUUAAGUGCUUCGGAAAUUACUCAACAAACUUUGCAAUUUGACGUUGAUUCUAUUACAAAGUCGCGUUGUCAAGUCUGAUACUCACUCCAUCAGACCAUAUAGCUGUUUACGAGUCAACAACUUAACAGAAUAAUUUAGAACCACGUAAAGGUAGCAGGAAACUGACGAUUACGUUGGGAAAAAGAAGUAUUGCUGCGAAGUUUUAAUCAACGAAAGAGAAAAAAUGAUAAAAUGCGUUGAUUUGAAAGCCGCUAUUUGUAUGUAAUUACUUCCCAGACUAUUUUCAUCCAUUAAAAUCUUACAACUUCAUUUCCUGGCGUUUCUCUCUCUUUCUUUUUGUGUGCACAUUCGUUUAAUAAAUUUAGUUUGUUAUCAUAGUGAAUAAUAUAGUGAAACUCGAUGAAAUAACGAAUUAUGCGCAAUUUAAAGAAAUCCUACAUGUUAUAAUGGAAACAACAAAGUACCAUCCACAUUUUACGUUAAGACAGACUUAGCAUUCUACUAGGGUUCUUCUAUCCAGCGUUACGGAGAGAUGAAGAACAAGCGAAAACCGUGCAUUCUCGAUAUAUUUUUAUGAAAGCAAAAGUUAAUGUAAAUAAUAGUGUUAAACGGUUAAUAUGUACAGUUAAUAAUAAUAAUAAUAAUAAUAAUGUGUGUUUGUACGUGUGCAUGGGUAUGUGCGUAUGUCAAGUAGUGCAAAAGACGCGACUGAAAACAUAAAUAAAUAAAUAAAUAUAUAUAUACGUACACAUAGAUAUAUACAUACAUAUAGAUAUAUGUAUAUAUAUAUGUGUGUUCGUAUAUAUAUAUAUUAAAGAAAGAAACGUACCUCGAUGAUAAUAUUAACAAUUAGUUCAGAUUUUAGAGUUAUUGUACGAUUGCUUUGUAUUAUAUUAAUUUAUCUCCUUUGCAGACUUUUUUUUCUUUUGUUCGGGUUAGACACUGAACCAUCAUAGUAACAGUAUAGGAUCGUUAUUAUUAUGUCCGAAAUGAGAGAUUUUUUGGUGUAUAAUUUCGAUGUUUUUUUUUUAUGCAUGUAUAAUGAUGGAAGGUUAGAGGAGACGCUGAACGCGUAUUUCGUCUGUUCAUUAUCGUCGAUUUCUAACAAUUACAUCAGCGAUCUCGUCCCCCGCGAUCUUUUUUUCCUUAUUAUUUAUUAUAUUCAUUCCAAACUAAUUUUUAAGGUACGUUAGAUCACACGAACGAUCAUACAACCAAUUUGCCAUUUGUAUUAUAUGAUUGUAUAUGAACAAUCUAUCCAAAAUGUUGCGAAAGGAGGUUGGAAUUGGAAAAUAUUAUUUAGGAUAAACGAUUUUUAACACUGUGUCGUAUUCAGUAUUGAUCCCAUACCAUUUUUAAAUAGUGUCCUCUCUUCUUAUACAGCGGUUAACGAUCUACACGCGACGAUACGACGUUUCGAGUAGAAGUACAACUAAAUGCGAAUUAUUAUCACACUUUAAGUUAAUAGAUUAUAAUGUUAAAAAGAAGGUAUGAAGAUAUCGCGAUGGACAUUAAUGUCGGUCCCGGAGUUAAACUGCAGAUUGUUCGGUCUAAAAAUGGAACACGUUAAUUACGAUUGAGGAGUUUGUAAAUCUGGAAUGGACAUCAAUGUCGGAAUGUGGACUUCCCAUUUUCCAAAGUUUUACCUCGCUCUGCGACAGAUUAAUCGCGAAUCAUAUGUGUUGUGUAAUACAGACUUUACAAGGAAAUUAUAUAUAAUUUCUCAUAAAUUAUCAUUGUCCGUAUUUGUUUAUAACUCAAAAAUUAGAUAGUAAUAAUUAUUCUCCAGUGUUUUUGUAGAA